AUGGGGAAUUGCUGCUCCGACGUGGCAGGGGGUAGGGCGGCAGUUGGUGGCAGCGCCGCUGCUGCUUCUGACGCAGCUGGAAAUGACGCUGUCGAUCUUUUCCUCAAGUCUCGUGGCUUGUACGGCUCUCAGAUCGAGUUAUCAUUUUCUGCUACAAAUUUGCGUGACCGGGAUGUGCUUUCAAAGAGUGAUCCGAUGUUGGUUGGUUAUACUAAAGCAAAAGAUGGAACACUUACUGAAGUUUUCCGAACAGAAGUAGUUCUUAAUUCAUUGAAUCCGACAUGGAUUACAAAACACACCAUUACAUUUCAGUUUGAAGUUGUUCAAACGUUGGUGUUUCGUGCAUAUGAUGUCGACACUCAAUUUCACAACACAGACGUAAAGAUGCUUAAGCUAGAAGAGCAACAAUUUCUUGGUGAAGCUUCUUGUGUAUUAUCUGAGAUUGUGACCAAGCCAAUCAGGUCAUUGACUUUAGAUCUUGUAUGUAGAGAAGAUCUUACCAUAUCAGGCAAUCGUCGACAUUGUGGACAGCUUAUUGUGCAUGCCGAGGAAUGCAUAAGCUCAAAGACUACAACGGAGCUGAUAUUAAGGUGCUCGGAUUUGGAACAUAAGGAUCUGUUCUCCAGAAGUGACCCUUUUUUGUUGAUCUCAAAAAUUGUUGAGGUUGGGCUCCCUAUACCUGUGUGUAAAACAGAAGUUUUAAAAAAUGAUCACAGCCCAGCAUGGAAACCAGUCUAUUUGAGUAUUCAGCAAGUUGGAAGCAAGGAAAAUCCAUUAAUGAUCGAGUGCUUUAACUUCAAUAGCAGUGGCAAGCAUGAUUUAAUUGGAAAAGUUCAAAAAUCAUUAGCUGAGUUGGAAAAGCUUCAUUCUAAUGGCGAAGGAGAGCAUUUAUUUUUACCCACUACUGUCGGGCAUAAUCAUCAGAAUAAGGUAUUAAAGAGCCAGCUAUUUGUGGGCAAGUUUUCCCAAAGUAGUCGACACACAUUUUUGGAUUACUUGGCUGGGGGAUGUGAACUGAACUUCAUGGUGGCAAUUGAUUUCACGGCUUCAAACGGAAAUCCCCGCCUCCCUGAUUCCUUGCAUUACCUUGAUUCAUCUGUACGGCAAAAUGCUUACCAAAGAGCAAUCGUAGAGGUUGGAGAGGUGUUGCAGUUUUAUGAUUCAGAUAAGCGCUUUCCGGCAUGGGGAUUUGGGGCACGACCAAUCGAUGGUCCAGUCUCACAUUGUUUUAACUUGAAUGGAAGCAACAAUCACUGUGAGGUUGACGGAAUCGAUGGAAUUAUGGUAGCAUACACCAGGGCUCUCUACAAUGUGUCUCUGGCAGGGCCAACACUUUUUGGACCUGUGAUCAGCAAUGCUGCACUGAUUGCUAGCCAGUCUCUUGCAAAUGGAGGGAGAAAAUACUUUGUUUUGUUAAUAAUUACGGAUGGAGUUGUAACUGAUCUCCAAGAAACCAAAGAUGCCAUAGUGAAAGCAUCUGACCUACCACUGUCAAUCCUCAUAGUUGGAGUUGGAGGAGCUGACUUUAAAGAAAUGGAGAUUUUAGAUGCUGAUAAAGGAGAGAGACUAGAAAGUUCAGCUGGUCGUGUUGCUUCGCGCGAUAUAGUCCAGUUUAUACCAUUUCGAGAUGUACAAAAUAGAGAGAUUUCCGUUGCCAUGGUGCCAAGUGCUUCAUGGCUCUUAGGUGAUUCGGCAUUAUUCAUCUUACUAGAAGAGGUGAGAAAUGCGUUCUCCAAUUUGACCUUAAAGAUGCAUCAGCAGAAACCUCAUGCGGAACGGCCAACCUUUGGCGGCACAUUCAUAAUGGCUGGACAAGGAAGAACUGAGACAUGGGAACCAACUAGUCUUAUUAUGGAGGUGGGAGGAGAACCUAGGGGCCAAGUGCAUUAUCUUGCAAAGCACUUUGUGAUUCAUGGUCUUGGACUGGAUGCAAGUGAAAUGACACUGUUUGGUGUGAAACAUGGUCUUGGACUGGAUGCAGGCAAAAUAACACUGUUUGGUGUGAAAUUAUUUGACCGAUUUAUUCGUUUUUCAUCAGCCGUUAAUCAAAACAAGAAGUGCUAG